AAUCAAGAUCACUCUGAUCGUUCCUCGGUUUCUUGUCAUCCACAGACCACCAAGGUUACACAUGUAGCGGAUAUGACAGAGCGACUAAGCGGACCCUGCAGCUUUGAUGCUUCUAAUCUCUCUGAAGUCUCUAACUCUUACUUAUCGGCAUCAUUGUCCAACUCCUCUCUAGCUUCCCUUUCCACUGUCGCUGGUUCGUUUCGCUGCGCCUCGGCCUUAACUCCCCAGACUGCUGGAGACUUGACGCCCUUUGCUCGAAUCAUUCUGUCGCGGGCCCACUCAUUGGAGCAGAUAUAUGCCUUCUUGCGUGCUCGCUUUGCUGUAUUCACAAAUACCCUUCCAAUUAGUGCCUCUAAUCCUACUGCUAACAGAUUUUGUUGCGGGUUUCGAGUCUGGCUUAUGCUACCAGGCCGGCUUGAGGCAAUUACACAGUGGCCUGGAGAGAGCAAGAAUAACUCGUUUUCAAGUAUGAAAGCCGUAGACAUAAGUGGCAUGACCCGCUUCGAGCGUCUUGAAGCGGCUGAAAGAGAAAAGGAAAAAGAAGAAUUCGGCUUUGGGCGCAGUGAGUUCUCUUAG